AGAAAUCUGAACUGAACUGAGGUGAUCAGGUGAAGGAAUAUCAAAUCGUCUUACAAUUUUGUAUUUCACAACAAUUACUUAAAUCAUUAUAAUUUAUAAUAAAUCAUUAGCAGAAAAUUUAAUCAAGCAAAAUGACAACGCCGACUAUAGACCGCGAAUUGGACUUAUCAAAUACUGGUCGAGGUGUUUGGCUCGUAAAAGUUCCUAAAUAUAUAGCGAACAAAUGGGAAAAAGCACCAGGGAAUAUCGAAGUGGGGAAGUUAAAGAUCUCACGAGCGCCAGGACAGAGAGCUCAAGUACAGUUAUCAUUAUCAGAAGCUGUUCUUUGUCUCAAGGAGCCAGGUGAACAGAACAUACCAAAAGAACAUCGUCUUGACGUGUCCAAUGUUACGAGACAAUCUCUAGGAGUCUUCUCACAUGCAAUUCCUUCCAACACAGAUGCAGUGGUACCUGAGACAGAGAAGCUUUACAUGGAAGGUAGAAUUGUACAGAAACUGGAAUGUAGGCCAUAUGCUGACAAUACUUACUACAAGUUGAAAUCUGAGUCUAUAAGAAAGGCAUCUAUGCCUCAGCGACAGGUGCAGCAGCUAGACAGGAUAGUGCAGAACUUCAAGCCUAUUUCUGACCAUAAACACAAUAUUGACUACAUGAAGAAGAAAACUGCAGAAGGAAAGAAAGCAAGAGAUGACAAGGAGGCAGUUCUCAACAUGCUGUUUGCUGCAUUUGAAAAACAUCAGUAUUACAAUAUUAAAGACUUGCAAAAGAUUACAAGACAGCCCAUUGUAUACUUAAAGGAGAUAUUAAAAGAAGUAUGCAAUUAUAACCUAAAGAAUCCUCACAAGAACAUGUGGGAGCUGAAGCCAGAGUACAGACAUUACAAGCAGGAACAAGCCGCAGAGGCCAAGGAUGACAAGAACAGCUCCGACAGUGACUAACUGUACUAACACUAGCUCAAUUUGUAGUUACCAUUAUUGUUACAACUGCAGUAAGCACACAUUAUUAUGUUUCAUGUUUGUUCCUAGUUAGUUCGGAUACAGAUCAAUUUGCUCUAAUUUGUCAUGAACUAUUCAAGUGUACAUAAUUAUCAUAAGACUGUUUAUGCUGAUAGUAAUAUAAGAUUAUCAGAAAAUAAAUAUUUUCCUAUUGAAAA